AUGACCCUUUUUUCUAGCCAAAGUCGACGAUCUCGCACUCCUCGUUACAUUCGUGCUCGCAGAUCAUCGCGAUCUUCAGGUUCCAGCAGACCGCUAGAAGCUGAUAUCAAAACAGCGAUCGGAGAUGAAGAAUACCAAAGGUCAAGGAGCUCUUAUGGGCGGUCACCUAUGUCGGAACCGUCCAAUCGCAGGAGACGAGUUUUGGAUGAAAUUUUCUCCGAUGCGACCUUAACGUCCAGUAAUAUAGAGGGACCCACAAGCGAAUUUGAGCUUCUGAAUAUCCGUCUUAUGAUAUUUGAACCUGGGCCUUUCAAGACUAUCAAACGUGUCCACAUAAGCAGGGAAAUGUCUGCUGCUUUAACACUGAAAGAAGCUAUCGAUGAAUUGAUGGACAGGAGAAAUGGGUGA